AUGGAAACAUAUUUUAAAAGAAAGUCAAUUGUUGAGACAUCUCAACUUUGUUCUGGUGUCAAUGAUCAUGAAAACCAACAUUUUUCAAAGAAAAAUUGCUUCAAAGUUGACUUGGAAAAUCUUCCUUUUGAUCCUAGAUUUCGACCAAGAAUUACGUUUUAUCAUCCUAAUGUUCGAGACCAAGUCAGAAUGCGUUAUCUACAGAAGAGUCCUUGUCAACCUUGCAACCAUAAGUUUCCUAAAUCAAAAUCUGGUGAUCAUGAACAGAGUUUCCAACAUUCUUGGUUUGACAAAUAUCCUUACUGGUUGGAAUAUAGUGUUGAGAAUGUUGCUGUAUAUUGUUUAUGUUGUUAUCUUUUCAAACCAGAAAAAGGUGAGCAAAGUGGUUGUGAUUCUUUUGUUCUUGAUGGGUUUCGCAAUUGGAAAAGACUUGAAAAAUUUAAAUAUCAUAUUGGAGGUCCUAACAGCUAUCAUAAUCAAGCUGUGAAAAAUUGUCCAGCUUUGAUGAACCAUAAGCAGCAUGUAAGUACAAUUAUUAAUAAGAAAUCUGACAAACAACGAGAAGAUUAUCGUAUUCGGUUGAAAUGA